AUGGACGCGUUAGUUAGGCAGAAGUCUUCACAAGUCCUCAUGGAUCAGAUGGUAGACGUGCAGACAAAGGACCACAUGGAUCAUACAUUUGCUGGAAUCAUGUUCGACGUGAGGGUUCGAGACCUUCCUUUUGAGUACAUCGAAAUCUCUUCCAUCUGGAUCAGAGGGAAUCUCGGCCCAAUUACGAUCUGGAGCACUAGCGGAGGGUUUGAGGGGAAGCACGAAAAUUGCUCACAGUGGCAACGACACUACAGCAAUAUUCAUAUGCCCAGUAUGCUUGAACUGCAAGAAAUGCAACUAGAUGUGCCAAUCAGGUUCAGCCAAGCCGAGACGAAAGGUAUCUAUAUUCAUGCUGCCGAAAUGGGAGAUGAGCAGAUCGUCUACGACAACAAGAGAGGAGAUAUCACCUACUCUGACUCUUACCUGGACAUCCUGCCUGGCAUUGCGCACCUUGCCGAUGUUCCUUUCUCUGGAGAAAAUCAAGAUAUUUUUUAUGGAUGGUGGGGCCCUCCCUGGAGAGACAGGCGGGAGUUUGUUGGCAGACUGCAAUACGGCAUCAAAUGGUUGAGAUGGAACCCUGAGGUCCAUUGCCAUUUCCCCGCAAUUUUUAGAGAGAUGAUAUGGACCCUGCUCAUGUCUCGCCACCCUCGAUCUCGCUGCAGUAUCCUUUACUGGCUCGAUCAUGACCAGCUCCUUUACGUGAUCAAUUGUGUGAAUUGGUGGGAGAAUUCGCAGCUGCUCGAACAAAUUGCUAAUCCAGCCGGAGAACAAAAAAGAGUCAACAAGAGAUUUGGUGACAAAUGCAGAGCGAUCUAUCGAUGGUUUUCAAAGAGUUUGUCUUCUUAGCUGACAUGGCUGAACUUCAAGAUCGGACAGCAGCCGACCAUCAGCUGACUCGAGUCGUGACGGUCCGAUCACCGGUCACCGCGCGCCCGGCCCGUACCCCGGUGACUGAGGGCAUCGCCGGGGCCGAUCGGAUGAUUUUGAGUGUUAGU